AUGCUUGGCGUUUAUUUCUCCGCUUUGUUGAUGGCAAUCUCAUUUUUGUACGAAGGACAAAUGACAUUUGAUCCUGCAGCGGAUGUCACUAACAUGACAUGGACCCACUAUGAUCGCUACUGCUCUCUAAAUUCAGCAAACACUAUAGAGAAUCAGAUCACCUGUAGCCAGCUGAAAGGAACUGCUGUGAAUUGGAAAGGAACCGUCCAAGCAGUGCGAAUUGUGAACAUAGACAACUCAUUCGAGACCUUGCUUGGUUACUUACCGGAAUCAAUUGGUCAGACACUGCGAUGUUUUUAUGACAGUAACCGAACGACUGACGACGUUGCGUAUGCUGAGGGUAUGAGAGCCAAUGAAUGCUCAUUGACUGAGCACAACGUUUAUACUUUCGAUGUAGAAGUAUCUGGACCGUACGGAGAGCGAAUAUACCCAAUAUUCCGCUACCCACCUCGACUGAAGCUUUUGCAGUUGGAAUGUGCAAAUUGUAAACAGUUCCAAAAAGGAAGAAAUUCACAUCUGCGUAUCACAAACUCCAAGAUAAGCCGUACUGGAUUAUGGCACCGAGUGUUUGAAGCAUUCAAGUUCUGCUUCAAUUUUAUGUUCGCACCAGUUGUUAGAGUGAAGUAG